GCUCCAGUCAACCGUCAGCUCACACAUCUCCAUCUUCUUCUUCUUCUUCCUUCUCCCAUUAAGUUUAACGCCGUCGAGCCCUACUUCACUAUACGCCCCCCUUUUCAGUGAAACUAAAACAACUCCUCUCUCUCUCUCUCUCUCUCUCUUUCUGAAUCUCUCUCCACACCAUUUCUUCUAUUAAGCUUCUUCUCUCUCCCUACCUCUUUCAGUAUGAAAUACAGAAGAAGUUUAUACCUGAAGUAAAAGAGAGAUGGAAGCCAUUUUUUGCAGAUUGUUUCUUCUCUUCUCGCUGGUUGUGCUGGUACAAUCUUCAUGCAAUAGCAGAGACCAAGAGCAUGUCUACAUAGCUUUCAAGUCAGUCUCAAAUUUCAACAUCUCUAUGCUCAAACGCCCAGUUCAGCUCAACUGUUCCCAUCCUCCAAUAAAGGAGCUAAACCUUUCGUCCAGAAGUCUCAGCGGGAUCAUUUCAUGGAAGUUUUUGAGGAACAUAUCUCAGCUGCAUACCAUUGAUCUCUCAAAUAAUUCUCUUCAAGGCUCCGUUCCAGGUUGGUUUUGGUCUAUUCAAAGUUUAACUCAAGCUGAUUUAUCAAAAAAUAGAUUUGGAGGGACCAUUGGUUUUGAAACCACCUCGGGAAAUGGUCCGUCUUCUUUGGUGCAGGUGCUUAAUCUCUCAACCAAUAGGUUCACCAACUUGGUUAAACUCUCUGGAUUUUCGAGGCUUAAAGUUCUUGAUAUCUCACACAAUGAUUUAAGAACUUUGCCGUCUGGGUUUACUAACCUCACCAAUUUAAAGCACCUUGCCAUUUCGAGCUGCAAAAUUUUAGGCAAUAUAAAACCCGUUUCGUCUCUUCACUCAUUGGAGUAUUUAGAUGUAUCAAAUAACUCCCUGAACGGUACUUUCCCUUCUGAUUUCCCUCCACUUGAUGCUCUCAAGUUCUUGAAUAUUUCACUCAACAAAUUCACAGGUUCCAUUGGCCUUGAGAAGUACCAAAAGUUCGGAAUAUCUGCUUUUAUUCAUGGUGGAAAUUUCAAUGGUUCCAAUACUUCAAAAACCCCAGGCAAUCACAUUCAUUUGCCACAUUCAAGAACCCCACCUCAUGAAAUUGUCCAAAAACACAACCCCGCCAAGAAACAGAAGAAAAGUGAUAAAUCCAAAUCAAAAGCCAAAGCUUUAAUUCUUGGUUUAUCAUGUUCAUCCGCUUUUGUUUUUGUAUCGGUGGCUGCUUUUAUCUUUUGCAUGUAUAGAAGGAAAAGAAUAUUAGCCAGAAGAAACAAAUGGGCAAUCUCCAAACCGGUUCAACAAAUACCCUUCAAGAUGGAGAAAUCAGGGCCGUUCGCUUUUGAGACCGAGUCAGGCACAUCAUGGGUGGCAGACAUCAAAGAACCAACCUCAGCUCCAGUGGUCAUGUGCUCCAAGCCAUUAUUGAACCUAACCUUCAAGGACCUGAUUGCUGCCACGUCACACUUUGGUAAAGACUCAUUGCUCGCCGAGGGCAGAUGUGGCCCCCUCUACAGAGCCGUUCUUCCAGGUGACCUCCACGUAGCAAUCAAAGUGUUAGAAACUGCCAAAGACAUUGAUCCUGAUGAUGCUAUAGCCAUCUUCGACGACCUAUCUAGGCUUAAACAUCCUAACCUGCUGCCUCUCUCCGGUUAUUGUAUUGCAGGACGGGAGAAGCUAGUUUUGUACGAAUUUAUGGCGAACGGCGACUUGCGUAGGUGGCUCCACGAGCUGCCAACGGGAGAACUUAACGUGGAGGACUGGAGCACUGACACAUGGGAGCAACACAACGGCACCGGGUCUCAUGUAUCCUCCCCGGAAAAAACAAACUGGCUCAUGCGCCACCGUAUUGCCACUGGUGUUGCUCGAGGGCUCGCCUAUCUCCACCACGUGGGGUCCACACACGGUCACCUUGUUGCCUCCAAUGUCCUUCUCGCGGAAAACUGCGAGCCCAAAAUCGCCGAUUCUGGGCUUCGCCAAAUCGGAUCCAAGAAUGUAGGAGAACGAAGUGAAAAUAACAAAAACAGCCCUGAGUCUGACGUUUAUUGCUUCGGUGCGGUUUUGAUUGAGCUUCUGACCGGAAAGGAAGGGACAGAAGAAUGUAUUAAGUGGGUCAGGAGGAUGGUAAAGGAAGGAGCUGCAGCGGACGCGCUAGAUUCACGAUUGACACUCGGUGCCGUUGACUCAGUGAGUGAGAUGGUGGAGAGUCUCCGAGUCGGGUACUUAUGCACGGCGGAAUCACCUGGGAAACGGCCCACCAUGCAACAAGUUCUGGGUUUGCUCAAAGACAUACGUCCGUCAGUGGACUUGAGUUAAUUUACUCAGUUAUUGAGGUUCACCCGCAGUGAACUCGCGUGGGGAUUCAACUUAAGUGAUUUUAGAGCGGGACCAUGUUUUUGUGAUGUACAGAGCAAAAAGAAAAGAAAAAGAAAAAUAAUUAAAAAAAUGGACAAAAAAGAAGCGGGGGUAAAUGUGUAAGAGAUAGGGCAGAGAAUCCCACUUAUUUCUUGUCUCGUAGAGUAACCCAUCAUCACUUUCUUUUUAAUCUUUCUUUAUUUAUUUUAACUUUUUUUUUUUUUUCUCAUCUUUGCGUUUCUUUUAAUUGCUUUAGUUAUGGAUAGAUAUAUUCCUUGUAUUUUAUUAAAGAAAAGAAAGAUACCCAUCAUCAGCCGUGCAUGUAAUGUUUUGUUUGGUUGUUUAGUUAAUGGAAUCAAAUAACAACUGUA